AUGUUAGUGUGGACUCGCUCAACAUCUCAUUCGACAACAAAACAGCCAUCUGUGUUACCAUCGUCAUCAUCACUCGAUGAAGAAGGGAAUGUUUCACUUCACCAUUCACUUCGUGAGCAUGUGCGUCUUCUUGGUGACAAUCUUGGUCGAGCAAUAUCCAAUGAUCUUGGAGAAGAAUUUGUUGAUCGUAUCGAGAAAAUUCGUUCUUAUGCCAAACGUGAUCGUCAAGAUCAUCCAGAAGGGCGUGAAAAACUAAUUGAGUAUCUUCGUAGUUUGCCCGAGCCACUUUUGUUUCCUAUUGCUCGUGCUUUUAAUCAAUUUCUUAAUUUGUCAAAUAUUGCCGAACAACAUCAUCGCGCACGUUUCAGACGUAUCGAAGAUUAUCGUCCAGGAACACGUCCUCGUCUUAUCGACGUACUGAAUCGUAUCCGUGAAGCUGGUCAUAAUCCACGCAAAGUACUAGAUACAUUGGCAACAAUGCGUAUCGAACUAGUACUCACUGCUCAUCCUACAGAAGUGAUACGUCGAACCUUAAUUCAAACAUACGACAUGAUUGAUGAUUGUCUUGGACAAUUAGAAACAAACAAUGAAAAUCAUCCGGAAAGAGCAGAACGUAUUCGACGACGUCUUGAAGAAUUGAUUAAUCAAGCUUGGCAUACAAAUGAAUUUCGUCGUGAACGUCCAACACCAGUCGAUGAAGCUCGUUGGGGUUUUGCUGUUAUUGAAAGUUCACUUUGGCAAGCGGUACCAGACUUCUACCGCGAUCUUGAUCAUUUAUUACUUGAGUCGACUGGUGAACGGUUACCACUCGAUGCUACACCAAUUCGAUUUGCUUCGUGGAUGGGUGGUGAUCGUGAUGGAAACCCGAAUGUUACCGCCGAUGUUACCCAGGAAGUAUUACUACAAAGUAGAUGGCAAGCAGCUGAUCUUUACCUAAAGGAUUUAGCACAGCUCAAGAACGAACUAUCGAUGUGGAAAGCAACGUCAGAACUCAAGAACAAAACAGGCGAUGUUGCCGAACCAUAUCGUGAGUUGAUGAAGCGUUUGAUUCAAAGGAUGAGCGUAACCCGUGCUUGGAUCAAAGCUCAACUAGAAGGCAAACAAUUUCACUCGGAUAUACCGGUGAUCAAAACGCGAGAACAAUUACACACACCUUUACUACUGUGUUAUCGUUCGUUAUGUGAAUCUAAUCUUGAUAUACUUGCUAAUGGUGCUCUACUGGAUACGAUGCGACGAAUCGCUUGUUUUGGAGUAACACUGACUAAACUCGAUCUUCGUCAAGAAUCAUCUCGUCAUUCACAAGUGCUUGAAGAAUUGAUCGAUUAUUUAUAUGGAGAUGAUUAUACUCAAUGGGAUGAAGAUAAACGACAGACGUUCUUACUAGAAGAACUCGGUUCAAAACGUCCACUAAUUCCGUAUCGAUGGAAAUGUUCGCCCGAAUCUGAAGAAGUACUGAAAACAUUUAAAAUCAUUAGUCAGGAUCGUGUUGAAGGAUUAGGAACAUAUGUUAUUUCGAUGGCUAGACAACCGUCUGAUGUGUUAACAGUAGCGUUGUUAAUGAAAGAAAUGGCUGGUGAUGUACGACUGCCGAUCGCACCAUUAUUCGAAACACUUGAAGAUUUGAAUCGUUCGGGAGAUGUGAUCAAACAGCUAUUAGGUUUACCAGGCUAUCGUAGUCUCAUAAACGAUCGUCAAGAGGUAAUGAUCGGUUAUUCAGAUUCAGCCAAAGAUGCAGGACAAUUAGCCGCAGCUUGGGCACAAUAUCGGGCGCAAGAGCGACUUGUCGAAAUAUGCAAGGAACAAAAUGUUACCUUAACACUCUUCCAUGGUCGAGGUGGUACCGUAGGACGAGGUGGUGGUCCAGCUCAUGCGGGUGAAAUGAUUCGUUUUAAAUUUGGGCAAGCUGGUGUCGCUGUACUUUCGAUGGAAAUCUAUGUUUGUGCAGUACUCGAAGCCUCCCUAUUACCAUUACCACAACCGAAAUCAACUUGGAGAGAAGAAAUGAACAAACUUGCAGAUCGUGCGCAUCAUGUUUACAAUAGCAUCGUUCGUGAAGAUCCCAAUUUUGUAUCUUAUUUUCAUGCAAUUACGCCAUUAGCAGCGUUGGCACGAUUACCGUUAGGCUCUCGACCAGCUAAACGAAAACAAGGCGGUGGCGUUGAAACAUUACGCGCCAUUCCCUGGAUAUUUGCGUGGACACAAAUUCGUUUGAUGUUACCUGCUUGGCUUGGAAGUACCGAAACAUUUGACGUCAGACUCAAACAAGAGGGUGGACUCGAGUGUUUACGCGAAAUGAUCGAACAAUGGCCGUUUUUUCGUAUGUAUUUUGAUAUGCUUGAAAUGGUGUUAGCGAAAGCAGAUGUUGAAAUAACCGAAUAUUACGAACAACGUUUGGUCAAUGAACCAUCAUUGAAACGUUUGGGAAAGGAACUUCGACAACGUUUGGAUAAUCUGAACAAAAUUGUACUGCAUAUUACUGAUCAACAGCAGUUGCUUGAACACGCACCGUUAUUGUAUCAAACAAUCAUGGUUCGAAAUCCUUAUAUUGAUCCAUUGCAUGGUUUACAAGCUGAAUUACUACAUCGUUGUCGUAAAGAAGAUAAAGAAAAUAAAAAUGUUUCAUCUGACAUUAAUCGAGCGUUGAUGGUCACAAUGGCAGGCAUCGCUGCAGGUCUACGAAAUACAGCUUAA